AAAUAUAUACAACUGAACAAUCUGUGCAAGUUAACCAUCAUGUGGAAGCUAAUAUCUGUAGUGGUGCUCCUGGUUGCCGGCUGCAGCGCGGGACCCCUUAGCCAACAGCGAAAGAAUAUGCCCAUUAUGGCACGCGAGGAUACGGCAACAGCUGUCGAGCAGGAGUCGGACAUGCAGAUGGAGGCUGCUGAGGAGAUGCCAGCUGCGGAGGCAACUCCUCUCGUUGGCACACUGACGCUGCCCAGCAAUGCGACUUCGAUACGAGCCGACAUCACGGACAACUUUUCGUGCGCCAACAAGAGUUACGGCUACUACGCCGAUGUGGAGAAUGAUUGCCAGAUCUUCCACGUGUGCCUGCCCGUGACCUAUGCCGACGGCAAGGAGAAUACCUUCCGCUGGAGCUUCAUCUGCCCCGAGGAGACGAUCUUCAGUCAGGAGUCCUUCACUUGCAUGCGUCGCGAGGACAUGACCAUCGAGUGCGAGGAAAGCUACAGAUACUACGAAUUGAACAGCAACUUUGGUCUGCCUGCAGAGGAGGAGAAGUCGCCAGCACCAGCAGUGGCAGCAGCUGCAUCAGCUCCUGCUGAGCCCCAGCAAGCCGAGCAAGAGAAACCUCAGCCUGAGGAGAGCGAAAUGAAUGCUCCUGCUCAGUCAGCUGCAGCUGCUCCGGAGCCGGCAAUGGAGCCAGUGAAGCCAGUGAAGGUGCAAAAGCCCAAGCCGAAGCCGAACCGCCGCAAGCCCGCCGUCACCUACAACAAGCCGCAGAGGAAAGUGCCUGUGGUGGUCACAGAAGCGCCCAUAACUCCAGCUGUGGAGGCCGAGGAACCUGAGGUCCAGACCGUGGCAGUGGUUCAACAGGCGGCCAAGCCUUCGAAACCCCAUCGCUUUAUCAAUAGACCCAGCAACAAGGAGAGGCCGCAGCCCGCUAAGCCAGCAGCACCUGCGCCUGCGCCUGCCGCGCCCAUACGCAAUGAGUUGUUCAGCUCCAUACGCAAGCGUCCGGCAAUGUUCAACAAGAACAGCAUCUCGAGCACUGCGAGACCCGUGAUGGAGAGCGAACCAGCCGUGACGGAAGCUAUUGUGCAAGCUGAGUUGAAUGAGCCGAUGCCCACGCUGAAGCUGCAGACGAUGUUCGUGGAGGCAGCUCCUCCCGCUCCUGCCGCUCCUGCAGCUCCUGUUGCUGAGCAGGCGGCAGAGCCUGUUGCCGAGGCAUCUGAGCCAGUUGUAGCCAUAGCCGAGCCUCAACCGGUGCCCGAGCAGGCAGCCGAGCAGAUAAAUGCAGAAGAAACAGCGGAGCAAGCGAUUUCCACAAAGCCAGAGGAGGACGAAGUGCAGCCCAUUGAAGCCAUUCCAGAGAUACCCGCUGUCAUCGUGGAGACUUUGGAGGAAAAGCCAGAAGAAACGGAAGCCAUGAAACCAGCCGCUGAAGAGCAACAGCAGCAGAUGGUGGACUCUCCCAUGGAGCCAGCGAUUGUUGAGCCAAGCCAGUCCAACGAGGAAACUGUGAACCUUGAAGCCAUGGAGGCAGCUAAGCCCGCUGAUGCGCCUGUCAGUCUGCCAGCCACACCCGCCAUGGAGCAUCCCAGUCCCCUGGUGGAGGAGAUGUUGAAUAACAAAAAUGAGGCACAAGAAUCGCUUGGCGGCUUCAAGCCCGUCGAUCCCGUUAUGGCUGCCGAAGCGGAACAGCUGAUCACUGACUUCUUGAAUACGCUGCGCAAGCACGAGGAAGCAACUAAAACUAAAACUAAACCUGAAACCGAGACAGAGACAGAGACAGAGACUGAGCUGGCCAAUGCGGCCAUGGACAUGGCCGAAACCAUUGAGCAGCAGCCACAAAUCCAAGAGAGUGAAACGAAGCCAGCAGCUGAGCAACUGCAGCAGGCGGAAAUCGAUGCAACGGCCGUUUCCAUCGAAGAGGCCAAGCUGCCCGAGCCAGACACUGUUGAUAACAAUGCCUCAGUGGAGGAGCAGGUGCUGGAAGCGGAGCCAGUGCAGCAAGCGGAACCCAAAUUGAAACUGAAACAGGAUUCGCCCAUUAUUAAUAUUAUGCAGCUCAAUCAUUUGCCCGCCGACUAUCAAAUACCCGUGCAGGUGGUUGCUGAGCCAGAACCGGAGCCGCAGCCAGAGCCAGAGCAACCCGAGUCAGUGCCAGAGCCCGUGCCCGAAGCUGUUGAGGAGCCGGCUAAGGAAAUGGAAAUUCAGUCGCCAGCUGAGCCAGCGGAGCCAGCGGAGCCAGCUGUUCAAGAUGAUGCCCAGGAGAAUCUGCCUGCGGCUGCCUAUAUGCCAGGCAUUAGCAUCGACGACAUUGUGGAGCUGGUGAAGGAGCGACUGGAUCAGAAUCCCAAGAAUGAACCAAUGGCGCCCAUGGAACUGGUGCUCACACCAGGCGCUGCUGAGCCCAUGACAUUGAUUCAAAGCAAGCCAGAGGAGGCGGAGAAAGAAGAGCCUGCAGAGCCCGCAGCAGAGCCCGCUGUAGAAAUGGCGCCUGCUGCACCGCUCAUCGCUGAGCCGGCGCCCGCUGCAGUCGAGGAAGAGGAAGUCAUUCUGCCCAUAUACAAGCGCGUUUCGGAAGCGGAUCCAGCCAUGUCCGUAGUGCAAACGCAGCCCCUGACUGUGAGCAAAGUGGAGGCGGAGGCGACACCGCAGCAGGAGGAGGCGACAGCUGCAGUGCCGGAGGUGCGAGAGCCCAAGACUCCAUCGCGAAUGGAUGCACGCAAACGUCGCUUUCUCUUUCGUGCCGACGCCAGCUAGAGAAAUUACCCACCACCCACGCUCUACCCCGGAGCACCAUACCCGCCCACAACAUCAAGCCUCUCGCAGCGCCUCCCUCCACUCAUUUGCACCUAGGCACCUAUGACUUUUUCAAUUAUUUCCUAGUUUUAUGGCCAUUUCUUUCUGCAUAGAGAGUUGAAAUUUAAGUUUAGCAUUGUUGCAUCCUUGACAAAAACAAACGUGACAAAAAAAUUGAAAAAACUUUGAAUAAAAAAAUAUUAAAAAACAUAACACAGGUAUGUAUCGAUUC